CGCACAUGCCGCUCUGCGUGCACUUCCACAUAAACAAGUGCAGUGCAGUGGAGGGUGGAUCAUGGAGCAUCGCUUUGACAGGGUAGCGGCGGUGCUGUCACCACUGGAGGAGUCCAGCGCCGAGGUAAGCAGAGACAGCGGCAUCGUGUCGCAGAGCGCCAGCAGCUUGUCUAUGGUUAGCGAGGCCCUGAGUAGCGGGACCGUGUCUCAGAGCCCGAGCUUCGGCGCUGCAGUGGCCCAGGACCCGAGCUCUGCUGCGGGAGAAACCCAGGAACAGAGCGAGCAUGAGCAGACACAAGACGACGAGCUGCUGAGACACACUGCGAUCGCUUACUCCUCUUAUAUCAGAGCCCAUGCUGAAGAAGAGGUCCUGUGCUUGGAGAAAAGUCUGGAGGAAAUGCUUACAAGACUAGAUGAGUUUGUGGGUAUGCUUGAUAUGAUUAGAAAUGACACCUCUCAGGUGGUCAAUGAGAACUUACCACAGAUACAAAGGAAAUCAGAAGAGAUGAGAGAGAUCUACAGAAAAAUUGACAAAUUGGAGGCCUUUGUUAAAAUGGUUGGAGUCAGUGUUAGUGCCAUGGAAGAACAAGUCACUCAAGUUGAAGGUGAAGUUGGAACUCUACCAGGCACCUUCAAAAAGAUCUUUCGCACAAUGAGCAUGCCAGGAUUUUUAAAUAAACCUGCUAGCCCAAGAAGGCAAACACAACGACAUCAAGAGCUUCCCAGUGUAUUUAGAACAGAAGAUUACUUUACAUCUCAGUCCGAGCAGUAGAAGAAAGACUAUUUUGUACCAAGGCCAGGGAUCUUCAACAUCAGCAGUGCUGCCUGGACGAUGAUAACAAGAUGCACAUCUCAGAUACACUUACCUGGGAUCGCAAAAACACCACUUUAGCUUCAAAUUAUUUGAACGAAUUUUGAUUAAAGCUGUGUUAUUUUAGUAGGCCGUUUAAUGGCAGCUAGUUUUAUAACCAACAGAAGCUUUGGUUUUAAAUUGUUUGUUUUCAAAGUGCCUCACCAGGAAGUUUGACACUGUUUCUUAUAAAUGAGAUGGAAUGCUUGUAAAAUGUCAGAACAUUGGUUGAAAUGUUUCUAUGAUUUUUACUCUUGUACAUAAUUUUACAGCUUUGUAAUUUUUUGCCCUUGGUCUUUUCUUCCAAUGCUUGAGAACUUUGCACUACUUUCACUGUUGCUAAAACGAGCUAUUUAUCUUAUUAAGGUUUAAUAUCAGUGUCUGACACGUUAACAAUAGAUAUUCUUAAUGUAGCCAGUGUAAAUUACUCUGGUUCAUUAUGUAGCAUUUAGUGCCACUUUUCUCAGCAGAACAAUGUCACCACAACAAAAUUUGUUUGUCAUGGACCAUUUCCUUUUUUACUUAAAUGUCCAUUGACAAAUAAUGUUAUGCUAAGCGUGUUACAUGAUAAUAUUUGUAACUAAUGAUUGUCUAUUUGUAAUAUGUUUCCAAAUGUAGCCUUGAGCAUAAAGUUACUAAUUCUCACUGUCA